AUGAUAAAGUCUUCGGAUGUAAGUUCAAAUUUGAAUCUAUUUUCUAUAUUAUCCUUCUUUUUCAAGCGGUUUCUUACUUUUAGGUUUUUUUUGUGUUUUAAUUACCUUGUUCAGUCUUUUUAUUUAAAACACUGUUUUCAGAAGUCUUUACGGAUCCGUUACGUUGAUAGCACGUCAAUUCCAGUGCUGGAACGAGUGUUUGAGCGUGAAAAGGUGUUUCUGGUCGACAAAGUUGAUGGAGUAAGUCGUUUUACCUAUAUUAUUAUAUGUUUAGGCUGUUAUUCCAAGGAAAGUCGUUCAACAAGCUGCCAAGACUGUUGUGAAGCAAGAAUUAGUGAAAAGUGUCGAUAAUGGUCUACAGUUGGUUGGCGACCCAUUAGAAGUUUCGAUGAUUGACUUGGACUUGGAAACAGAACGUAUUGGUGAAUGUAUCUAUGGAAAUGGCCUUGAUAAAUUUCAGGAUAGGAUAGAUAUACAACCACUUAGCCAUGUUGAAGCUGCAAAUGUGAUUAGGAAGUUGGUUUUUUUAUUUAUUUGUUUUUUUUUUAUUUUUAGGUUUGAUCAAGGUGAAUAUAAAUUAGGUUGAGUUAAAGUUAACAACUUUUUUGAUAGGGAAUCUAAUGACGUGAACUUUUUUCAGAAGGUAUAUAGUUCAUUUUGUCAACUGCUUUCUUAAACAGAAGUUUUUAAUCCAUAGGUUUUUGUAACUUAUAGUAGGUUAAGCGUUACCUACUCUUUUGAAGCUUAGAAGUUUAAAAAAUAAUUUUUUGUCAAAUUAUUAGUGUUUUAACGCUUUUCUUGUAUAACAUGUCGUAUUUCAGAGUAUCAGACACUGCUUUUAAACAAAAAUUGGCCGGCAUCUCUGGUGUUAACAGUCUGAAAGAGUUCAAUAUGGUGGUAUGUGCUGACAGUGCUGAUGUUCAAAACGUUGUUGUCUAUGCUGUCAAAGUGACAAAAGAAGAAAUUGUGGAAUAUCAUGUACGUUUGCUGGGCAAUCUCAACGAUGGUAUGAUGCAAGGAUUGGCACGGCAGAUGAUGAUAUACGGUCAUGUUGAGAACGUCACCUAUCACGCGAUCUACGAGGAUAUGAAUGGAAGUUUUGGUAUUCCAACGUUCUCAAGUUGGCUCAGACCAAUCUCUGUGGUUGGAUUCUUGGGUAAUGAGGAUGAUUUGAGUGAGCAGGACAAGUUUGAGGACGAAAUGGUUCGCGCGUCUUUCAAAUUCGAUGUGGAAUGGAAGGAAUCGGCCAAAGUUUUGGAGAAUUUCGUCAAUUAUUGGGAGACUACGAAGAAGAAUGGCACUUUUAAUGCAAAGUUGGCUUCUCCUUUUGAGCUUUUUCAAACUCCCGACACUUUGGGACAUGUUAACCUUGUAGGUUUUUCGAUUUUUGGUGGAAAUAUUAGAUUACUUUAUAUUGUGGUAGAUGAAAUGCAUUUUCUUUUGAAAUAAAUGGAUAAAGGGCAAUUAGUUUAUAAAUUAUAGGUAACAAAAGGUCUAUGUUCUUAAGCUGGUUGAUAUAAAGGUUUUUUGAUUGUUAAGAUUGUCACAUUUUAGACGAUAACACCAGGAUGGCUUGAUCCUCGAAUAAACGAUUUUGACCGGUCGAUGAAGCUUCGGUUUUUGCAUGUAUGUUUGUUUUAGCUUUAUAAUUUGAUAUAGAAGGUUUAAAAUAUUAAAAUUUUUUUUAAAUUUAUAAAAACCCAUUUUUUUAAAAAAGUUUGAUAUUAUAGUAGUUUUUGCUUCAGAACCUGGCUAAAGACGACAAUAUUCAAUGGCCGAUGAAGGAAAUACAACUUGAUUUGGUCAACAAGUUCAAGGAAAGCCUGAACGAAAGCGUUUGGGUCAAGCACGACGAAUUUGAUGUGAUUGAAGCCCAUUGGGACUAUUUUGCAGCAGCCAGAUCGACUGCCACUUUGAGAGAGAUGUUUAGUCAUAUUAUUACAAUGAGCGAGCAGAAGAACAUCACUGUGGCAAAUGUAGGAUAUUAUAGAGGAUUUUUUGUUUUGUGUAUGAUUUUUUUGACUUGUAGAUUAGUUUUUAUAUUCUUUGGGAAAUUUGUUACCUAAAAUCACUUUGUUUAGGUUCACGUGGACAACAAGUCUGAGCUCGCAAGAUCAGUCAUCAAAACCUCGGCCAUUCGUCGAUUGACCGACUCCAGGAUCAUCGAGUACCUGAUCGAAGUUGGAAUGGACCGAUUCCGUCGAGAAUUGCUAAUUGCCGCCGGCUCGAAACGGCCCGAAAUCGAACCACAUUUGGAGGAUUUGAGCGGCGACUACGAGGUCAUGAUGCACCAAUUGCUGAUGGUACACUUGGCUUUGCAGGGAUACGAAAUGUGCUUGAGGCGAAUUGAUAAUGUCAACUUUGUGGACAAACUGUUUGGGUAGGGGAGGGGUUGGGAUUGGUGAUGAAGGUUAUAUUGGAGAUGUGGUGAGACUAGGCUUGUAAUGAAGGUUAUAUUGGGCUUGGUUGGGGUAAGGCUAGGCUUGUGAUGAAGUUAUAUAAAGUAUGGUGAGGGUACAGCUGGGCGUGUGAUGAAGCUUAUAUAAGGCAUGAUUGGGGUUAAGAAUAGCUAUUUUGGUCCGAAAAGGGGGGUUUUGAAGACAGGGCGGGGUAAAUUUUAUUUUUUUUAUGGGUGGGUAAGGUUUUUUUAGUUUAUUAAAGAGGAAAGAGUGGUUCAAAUAUUUUUUUUCAAUUUUAGGAGGGGUGGAUUUUUUAAAAAUUUUUUGCGAGUGUGGGGAGGGGGUUGGCUUUUUAAAUUUUUUUGAAGGUUGGGGAUUAAACAUUGCUUUGAAUGGAAAGCCAUUCAAAUACGAUACUAUAUAAGAUUAACAUAUUGUUUUAGAAAGUUCUUGCAAACCUUUGAGAAGGUCAACUUUGACAACAUCAAAGACUUUGUGCUCAGUGUUCAAGUGCCGGUUUCGAAUUUGACCAAGGAUUUGUUUCAUAUGUAAGUUUAGCUCGGCUUUUUUAAACUUUUAGUUGAUGAGAAAAGAAUGGCGGUUGUAUCAAUUUUUUGAAAUUUUAAAAUUGAUUUCAAAAUUUUUAAAUAGAUUUUUAAAACGUUUUAUGUGGCUGGUUUUUUCAGAAACAACGUUCUGGAAUGGUCGGUGAACACCGAGUUCUGCGACUCAGCGACCGGUCGCAACAACCUUCACCUUCAUGUUUGUCGUAAUCAGGAGCUUCGAAGCAGGGUCGAGCCAAAGGAACGAAGAGUCAGGAUCAGAAGAUGCGAAAUGGCAGUACCAGAACUGGCCAAAAGCUUCAAUACCUACUUGACUGAAAGCAGUCACAACGAGAAUUGUUUGAACAAGCCGCUGGUUCUCGGCGGAAAGCGAUGA